UUGUAAUCUAUUAAUUCUGAAAACUUUUCUAAUAUUAUUUAUUAGUUAUACUGAUAUCUAUUGAAUGAUUUUUUUUUUUUCAUUUCUUGUUUCAACUAUACUCGUAUUAUUAAAAAAAAAAAAAAUUCUAAUUUCAAUUAAAGUAGACCGCAAAAAAAGUUUAAUACCAUGCUUGAAAAUAUAUAAAUUAUGGUUUCAAAUGUUAGAACCCAUGAAGUGAAAUUUGUGCAAUUCAGAUUUAGUUGGAUCUGAGCCGACUAAGGUUGAAAGGUUAAUAUACACCAAUUAACUAGUUAUUUUUCCACCUUUAUAUACCCAUUUUAUGAUUUGGUAUUUAAAUUAGGAGUAGACAUUCCGUUCUUACAGUUAACUAUUUAUUGAAUAAGUACUCAUCAUUUACUGACCGAUUUAUGUAUUUCCUAAAUUAAAAAUUUAUCCAAUUAUUAAUUUACCUGUGGAUUUACUGUUUACUGAGUUGAUCAAUUUACUAUAUUAAAGGUGGAUUUUUCUUUUCGAAAAAAUCCUUUAAAUGAUGUCAUUUUGAAUAAAUAUUAAAUCCGAAAUUCUUAAUUUUUUUUUUACUUUAGCAUACCAUCUACUGUUUACUGUAUUCUGUUCAAACAAUUUAUCGUACCGUUUACUGUUUUAAUGAACUAUUUUUAUUGAAUAACUGUUUUUACUGAAACAAUUAUAUUAAGUUUUUCCAAGACGCUGGCUCCACAAAUUAUGGCAACAAGGGAUUUAGUGCAUAACAACUACUAAGUGUCUUGGGUUAUAAAAAAUAUUUUUUUAAUAUAAAGUUUAUUACUCUAUUGCUCCAUAAAAAUACUUACUAUAGCUAUAGCUCUUAGUACUUUACAAUAAGGAGUAAUCAUCUCUUUGACUUACUACAUUACUGAUAACAACUGUAGUCGAGAGGAUUAAAACUCGAGAUCUUCCAUUCCUCAUAUAAAUUAAGUGAGAAGAUCAACCAGAACACUACCUCAUAAUCACUCACUGCUAAUUAACAGUUGGAUAUUUUACAUAAUUAAUAUUUUAAUUAUGUAAAUUGAUAAUCAAGAAUGGAUUUGGACUUAUCACCAAAAUUUCCCCAAAAGACAUUAUAUGAUGGAGAGGGUGGCUCUUACAAAUCUUGGUCAGCUUCUGAAUUAGCUGAUGCAAAGGUUGGGGCAGGAAAGCUUCUUCUUCAACCUCGCGGAUUUGGUCUUCCCCAUUAUGCAGACUGCUCUAAAAUUGGCUAUGUUCUUCAAGGUACUGAUGGAAUUGUGGGAAUGGUGCUCCCUAACUCAUCAAAAGAGGUGGUGUUAAAGCUUAACAAAGGGGAUCUAAUAUCCGUGCCUUUAGGAUCUGCUUCAUGGUGGUACAACAAUGGAGAUUCAAAUCUUGUUAUAGUUUUCUUAGGAGAAACUUCGAAAUCUUACACAGCUGGAGAAUUCACCUAUUUCCUUUUGUCUGGAGGUCUAGGUGUUAUAGGAGGUUUCUCAUCAGAAUUUACUAGUCAAGCUUACAAUAUGAACGAACAAGAAGCAUGUAAACUUGCAAAAAGCCAAAAUGGGGUUUUGAUUGUUACUAUUGAACAAGGAAUUAAGAUCCCUCACCCUGAUCAUUUGGAAUUUCCAGAAAACAUGGUUUACAAUAUUGAUAGUGCAAAACCUGAUCUUGAGGUAGAAAAGGGAGGUAGUCUUAAGAUUUUUACACCUGAGAAAUUCCCAUUUCUUGGAAAAGUUGGAUUAAGUGUUAGCCAUGUGAAAUUGGAAGCUAAUGCUAUGUACUCACCCACAUACACUGCUGAUGGAACAAAUAGAUUGAUAUAUGUUGUUAAAGGAAGUGGAAACCUGCAAAUUGUGGGGAUUAAUGGGAAAAGAGUUUUGGAUACUAAAAUAGAGGAUGGUCAAUUGUUUUUGGUGCCAAAGUUUUUUACUGUUGCUGCGGUUGCUGGCAAUGAAGGAAUGGAGGUUAUUAUCUCUAUCACCAAUUCCACAUGGCCUGUUGUUGAAGCGUUAGCCGCAAAAAUAUCAGUGUGGAAUGCUCUUUCUCCUAUAGUUUCACAAAUUUCUCUUGGUAUCACACCAGACUUGGAAAAACUCUUCAAAUCCAAUAUUCAGAAGAACUCUGUUAUUGUUCCUCCCAGAGAGGAAUAAAAAGACGUGUCAUUUUCAAAAAUAAAUUUAAAAAAAAAUUAGACAUGAAAUACGUACUAGGUUGUAGUACGUACGUAUUUCUUUUCCCAAUUAUGUAUUUCCUCCUUACGCAUUGUUGUACGAGAAGAAUUUCCCUCUUAUAA